AAACCAACAAUAAGACUACUACCCCCAGAACUACUAUCCAUAAUCUUCUCCUUUUUAUCUGACAAAACAAGCUUGGCCAAAUACUUGACUGUUUGUAAACAAUGGGCUGAUAUACUAAUUGCUUUAAUUUGGUUUAGACCCAAAUUAAAAUCCCCUGAAAGCUUGCAAAAAAUUGGUCACAUCAUGGACUUGAAUCAAUCCUCAACCUUUUGGAAUUACAAACCUCUUAUUCGUCGUUUAAAUUUAUGCUUUAUCUCAAAAUUUGCUGUCGACGACUUGCUACUAAAAUUUAUUGACUGUCCCAACUUGGAAAGACUAACUCUAGUUAACUGUAUCUAUCUAACUCCCUUUUCAAUUUCUUCUGUCUUGGUUAAUUGCUCAAAAUUACAAUCAAUCGAUAUGACUGGUGUUCCUCAUAUUUCCGAUUCUAUCUUUGACGCUCUUGCUACUAAUUGCCCCAAACUCCAAGGUCUAUAUGCUCCUGAAACCGCCGAAGUCUCAAAGGACUCAAUCAUCAAUUUAUUUAAAAAAUGUAUCCUCUUAAAGAGAAUAAAGCUAACUGAAUCAAAUAACAUUAAUGACGAAACUGUUGACGUUCUUACUGAAAAUUGUAAAUUUUUAGUUGAAAUUGAUUUUCAUGGUUGUCUAAAAAUUACAAAUAAUUCUCUUAUGCACGUCUUUCAAAAGAUGACCCAACUAAGGGAAAUCAGACUAUCCAAAAAUUCAAACAUUUCUGAUAAUAUGCUAAAGCUUUUGCAAGACAAACCUUGCUUGGACCGUUUAAGAAUAAUAGAUUUCACUGCCUGCACUUAUAUAACUGAUAGAGUUAUUGAAAAAUUCGUCAAAUGUGCUCCAAGAUUAAGAAAUGUCAUUUUGUCCAAAUGUAUCUCAAUAACUGACAAAUCUUUAAAAUCUUUAUCAAAUUUACGCAAGAGUUUACACUAUCUUCAUUUGGGCCACUGCAGCAAUAUAACUGAUUAUGGUAUAACAACUUUAAUCAAAAAUUGUCAUCGUUUGCAAUAUAUUGAUUUAGCUUGUUGCAGUCAAUUAACAGAUGUCACUGUCAAAGAAUUGGCAACUUUAAGAAGACUAAGAAGAAUUGGUUUGGUUAAAUGCUAUCAAAUAACCAAUGAAGGCAUACUUGAGUUGGUUAGAAUUAGAGGCAACGAUGAUACACUAGAAAGAGUUCAUUUAUCAUAUUGUCAGAAUUUGACUAUUCCUCCCAUUUUUCAAUUAUUAAUUUCAUGUCCCAAAUUAGCACAUUUGUCGUUAACUGGAAUUGUUGCAUUUUUGAGAAAUGAUAUAAGGAAAUUUUGUCGUGAGGCACCAAGUUCAUUUACGGAACAGCAAAAGAAAUUAUUUUGCGUAUUUAGUGGCAAUGGUGUUCGUCAAUUGAGAGACUUUUUGAAAAAUCUGCCAAAUUCAAUGACA